CCCUCCUAUUGGCUGCAGCCGGAUACUCAGUGUUCCUCCACUUUUCUCAAACCUCAAAUUGCAACAGAGCAGCUGGGGCUCCACAGCGAAGCUUUCCUCCAGAAGCGCAUUCACCUGUAGAUAUGUGAAACCAACCCGUUUCAGCACCGCACAAGCUGACCCAUCUACAGAUUCAUCCAGCUCUUCACCGCUUCUCUGCGCUCUGGCUGGAAAUAACUUCAUCAUAGCAGGUUAUUUUUAUCGGGCAACUGCCGCCGUGCGCUGCGCUUCAACGCCAGACUCCAGGCUGUGCUUGGAUGGAGGGAUGUCGGCAUGGCUUGCACCAGGAGAACAAAAACUUUGGUUUCCACAUGCGUGAUCCUGAGUGGCAUGACCAACAUUAUAUGCCUUCUUUAUGUCGGAUGGGUAACUAACUACAUUGCAAACAUUUACAUCAAGGUCCCGAUGCCUGUAGCGGAGAGGAACUCUGAAGUUGACAAAAAAGGAGACACUCUCCGGAUCAUGGAGCGCCUGGAUCGGCUGGAGACUGUAGUGAAGCAGCAUAUUCAAGAGACACCGGGGAAGGACGAGGUCAGUCAGGCAGACGCAUCGUUCUCUGACUCGUCACUGUUCACUCACUGGGGUCAAGAACUCAGCUCAGAUGACCGCCGCGUGGCUCUCAAGAUGUUUCAGUACUAUGGAUAUAACACCUACCUCAGUGACCGUCUGUCACUAAGCAGGCCAAUACCAGACCUUAGGCCGGACGGGUGCAGAAACAUUACAUAUCCUCUGAGCCUUCCUCAAGUGAGCAUAGUCUUCAUUUUUGUGAACGAGGCCCUGUCCGUCAUCCUGCGGUCCAUUCACUCUGCCAUCAGCAGGACACCCUCCCACCUUCUUAAAGAGAUCAUCCUGGUGGACGACAACAGCAGUAACAAUGAACUGAAGGAAAAGCUGCAGGAUUUUGUUUCUGAGACAAACAAACAACGACCAGGAUUCAUCAAGGUGGUGCGACACGACAAGCAGGAAGGCUUGAUCCGGUCCAGAGUGAGUGGAUGGAGAGCGGCCACCGCCCCAGUUGUUGCCCUGUUUGAUGCCCACGUUGAGUUUAAUGUUGGCUGGGCUGAACCUAUUCUGCAGAGAAUUAAAGAAGACAGAACCCGCAUCAUUUCCCCAUCAUUUGAUAACAUCAAGUAUGACACAUUCGAGAUUGAAGAGUAUCCGCUGUCUGCCCAGGGCUUUGACUGGGAGCUGUGGUGUCGCUACCUCAACCCCCCCAAGUCCUGGUGGCACAAAGGGAACAAGAACGCACCGAUCCAGAGCCCAGCGCUGAUUGGUUGCUUUGUGGUGGACCGGCUGUACUUUGAGGAGAUCGGAUUGUUGGAUGAAGGGAUGGAAGUUUAUGGUGGGGAAAAUGUGGAACUGGGCAUCAGGGCAUGGCAAUGUGGGGGCAGUGUGGAGGUACUGCCUUGCGCACGGAUCGCCCACAUAGAGCGUGCUCAUAAACCCUACACUGAAGAUCUGACCUCCAAUGUGCGGCGAAAUGCCCUCAGAGUUGCAGAAGUCUGGAUGGAUGAGUUUAAAAGCCAUGUUUACAUGGCAUGGAACAUCCCAAUGGAGGACUCGGGGAUUGAUAUUGGCGACAUUUCUGAAAGGAAGGCAUUGAGGAAGAGACUUCAGUGCAAGACUUUCCGUUGGUACCUUGUCAACAUCUACCCAGAGAUGAGGAUGUACAGCGACACAAUUGCAUAUGGAGUUCUAAAAAACUCUCUGAAGAGCGAUCUGUGUCUGGAUCAGGGGCCAGAUGGAGAUAACGUCCCCAUCCUGUAUCUCUGUCACGGUAUGACACCACAGAGUGUCUACUACACCCAAACUCAGGAGCUGCACAUUGGGCUUCUCAGUCCCACCAUUGAUGACGACGACAACAAGUGCCUGGUGGAUGUGAACAGCAAGCCGCGCCUCACUGAGUGCAGCUACGCUGCAGCCAAGCGCAUGAAGCUCCAAUGGCUCCUGACUCAGGGAGGAUCCAUUCAAAACAAGAAGUCAAAGAGAUGCCUGGAGCUCGUAACAAGCAGCAGCAACGAGUUUGGCUUCCAGCUGGCUCUGCAAAAAUGCACUGGACAGAAAUGGUUCAUCACAAAUGUGCUGUUCAGCAAUUUACUAUGAUCCACUGUUGAAAGAUACACUGAAUUUUAUGAUAUGUAGACAAGAUGAAGCCUUUUGUUUUGCUCCAUACUUGCAUAAAAAUAGCUGCCAAGUGGAAGAAUAAAUAUCAGGAGAAUGCUGCAUGGUUGAGCAGGUUUGUUUUGAGUGACACGAUGUCCUUUAAUAGGCAGUUGACAUUUCAUUCUGAAUGUUAAACAUUUCAUUUUACCAGUGGGAUUCGCCUUUUUUGUAGAUUUUACUAGGUAACGUGUUAAAUAUACUUUGUGCAGAACACAAUGCACUCAGAUUUUUGUUGACUGAAAAGACCUGAAAAAUGGGGCAGUGAUUUUUCACUGGGUUUAAAUUUUGCUACUGUGUAGCGAUCUUUUUCUGAAUCUGUCCCUGCUGUAAUUAUCUUCUGUUAGUGUCUCAGGUUUGUAGGGUUGUUAUACAAAGCAGCUGUGGGAAAUAAUUAAAUGAUAUGAAAAACGGUAUUUUCAAAAAUGUACAUUUUUGAAAUAUUUUGAAUAUUUGUCAGUAAAAAAUACUUCUGAUGA